AUGCAUCCAGACUUGUCUCCACACUUGCACACUGAAGAAUGCAACAUCUUGAUUAACUUGCUGAAAGAAUGCCACCAAAAUCACAGAGUCCUGAAAUUUUUUGGUCACUGCAAUGAUCUUGAUCGGCAGAUGAGGAAAUGCUUAAAGACUGAGUAUGCAGUAAAGAGGACCAAGAGCAGGGAGUAUGGCGAUGAGAUGAGAAGGAGAAUCUUGAGUCCUCCAGAUGAGUCGGGAAGAUGA